AUGGCUUUCGCAAUACUUUCAGAUCGAUAUGCGAAGACAUCGGCGUCUCCAACUCUUCACAAGCGCUUGACCAGGUGGGCUAUGAAGGUAAAUUUGUUAGUCAAUCUUCUCUCUGCUUUGCUAGCCCUCUCGGCCGCUCGAAUUCUGCAGUCCCGACAUGGAGGCAAGACCCUCUUCCAUGACCUCUUGAGGCUCAAUGCAGUGGUCAGCUCUGAUAACUUCGACGACGGACGGAUACGACCUCUACUCGAUGCAAUCAUCAACAACCAGCCCGAUGAGGUUGUUUGGGAUAGGGUAUACGAAGCCGUCACCGAAUCCACGCCGCCGCCCCGCCCUUCCUCGUCCUUCCAACAAACACCGCUGUCGAUCAAUACGGGCAGCUUCGCGAAGUCGGCCGAGCACAGCAAACACGUCGACGAUGUGCUGAAGGAGGAGCUAGGACACCUGUACGUUGGCGUACCCGGUUUCUUCGACGCAUUCUUCGGAGAUGUGCCGGGACUGAGAACAGCGGCACAGGCUGUGUUGGACAAGUGCAAGGAAGGAGACAGCCCGCUCUACCGGGUGGAGAGCGGCUGGCAGGGCUGGCCUGAAGGGGCGAAGGAGAAGGAUGUCUUGAGCUGGUUUGCACCGCUUAUAGACCAGCUUUUGGACAUUGCGGAUGAGCACCUGUCAACACCCCGGAGUCCACGGCGACCGCUGGCACAGCCCCAUCGACCCUUGCAAGGCUCUACGGCCGAUCGUAAGCUGGACAUUGGCUUUGUGGACGAUCCGGACGCUGGCGUGGACUCGAAGUGCCGCUGGUCGCAGAUCCUCAUACCUGGAGAGCUGAAGAGCAACCCGUCAACCGACAAAGCGUCCAAAGCGUGGCUUGACCUGGGCCGAUACGCAAGGGAGGUGCUCGCCGCGCAAGACAGCCGCCGCUUCGUUCUUGGGUUCACUCUCUGCGGACCCUUUAUGCGGCUGUGGGAGUUCGACCGACUCGGGGGCAUCGCCUCUGAGCAGUUCGACGUCAAUGGGGAUGGACUGCAGUUUGUGUCUGCAAUGCUUGGGUUUCUGUGGAUGAACGAGGCGCAGCUGGGGUUCGAUCCGACUAUCGUCACAGUCGGAGACAAGCGGUACAUCGAGAUUGAGCGUGAGAAUGGGAACGAGCGCCUCGUCGUUGACAAGAUGAUCAAACGAGUGCCUUGCGUCGCCGGCCGCGCAACAACCUGCUGGAAAGUUCACCGAGAAGAAGACCCUGGCACGCCGCUCGUUGUCAAGGACUCAUGGCAGUAUCCGGAGCGCGAGGAGGAGGGCGAGCUGCUACGCGAGGCGACGGAGAAGGGGGUGAGGAACGUGGCGAGGUACUUCCACCACGAGACGGUGCGUGUAGGCGGUCAAGACGACGAUAUCCGCGCAAAUGUACGGAAAGGACUGGACAUAACGAAGGCAACGAACUACACGCCAGAAAGGCCGAUGCCGCCGCCAAGCAACACUGGGCGCCGGAUGUCGCGGAGAAGCGGGAGCAGCAGCAUAGCCGGAAGGAAGCGAUCUUCGAGCUGCACGGAUGCCUCACUGCCGCCCAGCAAGCGCCCUUGCUCGAGCUCGCCAACAAAACUUGCAAUUGUCAACAGGGUCCACCGCCGUGUCAUCGUCCGCGACUACGGGAAGGCGAUCUACAAAGCAAGCUCCCCAGCCAGUUUGCUUGCUGGAUUAGAGCAAUGCAUCGAAGGAUACGAGUCCCUCCACUCGCGAGGUGGCAUGCUUCAGCGCGACAUAUCGCUGAACAACCUCAUGGUGAACGAGGACGACGAAAACCCGUCCUGGCGGGCGUUCUUGAUCGAUCUCGACCUUGCGAUCCACGAGCAGCGGGAGAUGUCGUCAGGGGCACGUGGGAAGACCGGCACGCGGGCGUUCAUGGCGGUUGGAGUGCUUCUAGACGACGAACAGCACUCGUUUAUGCACGAUCUCGAGUCGUUCUUCUGGGUGCUGUUCUUGAUAUGCAUCCACUACGACGGACCGAACCAAGGAAGAAUUGUUCCACAAUACGAAAAGUGGAACUAUAUCGACACUAAAGAGCUAGCAAAAUUGAAAAAAGGAGAAGUGGGUGACGAGAGUGAUUUUCUUGGGACCGCAGAGGCAACAUUUACACCAUAUUACCAAUCGUUAAUACCUUGCGUCAACAGAUUGCGGAGGAAGGUGUUCCCCGACGGUGGGAGAUGGAGGGUUCCAAAUCCAAAGCUGUAUACGGAAAUGAAAGGCAUCCUUCGAGCAGCACAGGAUGACUUGGAGGAGUUAGAUGGAUAG